AUCUUUCCCACAACAAAAUUCAUGGUCAAAUUCCAAAAUGGGUUGGGCAGGCUUCAUUUCUCCAAACACUAGAUCUUUCCCACAACAAAAUUCAUGGUCAAAUUCCAAAAUGGGUUGGGCAGGCUUCAUUUCUCCAAACACUAAAUCUUUCCCACAACAAAAUUCAUGGUCAAAUUCCAAAAUGGGUUGGGCAGGCUUCAUUUCUCCAAACACUAAAUCUUUCCCACAACAAAAUUCAUGGUCAAAUUCCAAAAUGGGUUGGGCAGGCUCCAUAUCUUUUAGAUCUUUCUCAUAACUAUCUUCAAGGACCAGUGCCAGUUCCAACACUCUCUAUGUCUUACUUUUUGAUCUCACACAAUAAGCUCACUGGAGAUAUCCCCUCAUCGAUUUGCAAUUUGAGUUCCCUUGUCCUCCUUGAUUUUUCUCAUAACAAACUGAGUGGUGUAAUUCCACAAUGUUUGGGAAACUCCAGCAAUGUGCUAUCGGUGUUAGAUCUACAGAUGAAUGAUUUUCAUGGGACCAUUCCAACGACAUUCGAAAAGAGUAAUCAUUUGAGGAAUCUUAACUUGAAUGGAAGUCAUUUGGAAGGACAAGUACCACGAUCUUUGGCCAAUUGUAAACACAUGGAAGUACUAGAUCUCGGAAACAACAAACUAAAUGAUACAUUCCCCUGCUGGUUGGAGUCUCUUCCAGAAUUGCAGGUUCUUAUCCUGCAAUCAAAUAGAUAUCAUGUUCCAAUAAACACUUCAAGGAUUAAAGUUCCCUUUCCUAAGCUUCGAAUCAUAGACCUCUCUCACAAGAAGUUCACUGGACUUCUGUCAGUAACAUAUUUCAGAAAUUUCAAAGCCAUGAGACAUGUAGAUAAAAAUAAAGCAGCCUUGAAAUAUAUGGGGGAAAAUUAUUAUCAAGAUUCUGUAAAACUAGUCAUAAAGGGGUUGAAUGUUGAACUAUCAAAUAUUCUAUUCAUCUUCACAACAAUUGACUUCUCAGACAAUAAAUUCAAAGGAGAGAUUCCAAAUGUCAUCGGAAGGCUACAAGCUCUCCGAUUGCUUAAUUUUUCUCAUAACUCCCUGACGGGUGAUAUUCCAUUAUCAUUGGGAAAUCUAUCAAUGCUUGAAUCGUUAGACCUCUCUUCGAACCAACUCACUGGGGAUAUUCCAGAGCAACUCACGACUUUGACGUUUCUUGCAGUCUUAAACCUUUCAAUGAACCAUCUAGUCGGACCCAUACCUCGAGGCUAUCAAUUUGAUACAUUUCAAAAUGAUUCAUAUGUUGGGAAAGUGGGAUUAUGUGGAUUACCCUUGUCAAAGGAAUGUGGAGAUACUGAGGCAAAACAUCAACCACCUCUUGUAUUUCAAGAGGAAGGUGAUACAAUUUUUUUAGGUGGAUUUACUUGGAAAGCUGUGGCGAUGGGGUAUGGAUGUGGAAUGGUAUUGGGAUUGGUUAUGGGAUAUGUCAUGUUCUUAAUUGGAAGACCAAAGUGGUUUGCAAGAAUUGUUAAAGGAGAACGACAUAGGAAUGUGAAAAGUAUAAAGCAGAUUGGUUACCAAGGCGGUAUGGGAAGAAAUCAACAAACUUAGAUGGCGUUUUCAGGUAUGUGAUGUUGAAGUUUUUCAUUUA